GGCAAAGAAAAAAUUACGUCAAAAAUGUCAAAAACCAAAUGAAAUUCUUAAAAGUUCCUAUUAUUAAGCAACAACUUUGAUAACAAAAAAAAAAUUAUUAAAAAUUAUAGAUAAUUAAAAGAAUUUCAUCAAAGAUAAAUGAAAUAAAUAACGAAAUGGUGUAAUUAUCUUAAAAAUAAAUGUUUAAGAACAGCCGGAGAAUUUUCGAUUGAGGUGAUUGAUUAACUUUGGACCAAGGUGAAACAAAACUCUUGCUGCUUAACCCAUACACUCUCCCCGCUAAACGAUCAAAGGUAAAGAAGUUUUAUGGUCAUUUCUUUGGCAAUCAAUUGAUACGCCUUAACAUUCAAGACGAUAAGUUCACAUACAUACAUUGAAACCAAAAGUUAUCCAACUCUAAUGUAAAAGCGGGAGAGAGCGUGUCUUACAGGUAUACUCACCACCACAUAUUAAGCUGCUCUUUUUUUGGGGAACGAAAAAUUGCCAAAAACGAAACCUAGGCGCAGGCGCCUCUGCUGCGAAACAAGUUUAGCCAGUGUAUUAUAAUAGCCCGCAUGUAUGUAGCUCUAAAGUCAAGCUUAACAGUCAACAUAACAGACGUCGUAUCUACCAACCAACCUAUCUACCAGUAAAGCAAAUAGCAAGCUGGCCAGUCAGUCUGUCAGCCAGACAAGCAACCAACUAUUUUAUUAAACUGAAGCUCUUAGGCACUUGCAGCUUAAAACAAAAAACACUUUGCCGAAGCUGUUGGAGCCAAACGCAACGCUCGAUUUUGUUGUCUUUUAAGCCGUCCUUAGUCGUGUAAAAUUAAAAUUUAAAAAAAAAAUACUUUCAAAAUAGAUAAACGUUCAUUUUCAGACGUUAUGGUCAAAUACUUUUUUCGAAAUAUAAAAAAGUCAUAACAAGUACCAAAUAAAAAAAAAUAAAAUAAAACGAAAAUUUUAAUUUAAAAAAAGUGCAAGUGUUAUAAAACUAAAAUUAUUAAAUUUUUUAAAAUUAAAAAUAUUAAUUUAAAAAAUAAAACAUAAAUUUUUUAAUAGCACACAAAUGAAGUCGUAACAGUUUUAAAAUUAAAUAAAAAAAAUAAUUUUAAAAUUAAAAAAAGAAAAAUAUUUAAAAAAAGUUCAAAAAAUCCUAAAACCCGUGUAACGUUCUUAAAAAUUCUUUUGCUUACUUUAAACAUUUUCCAAAAAAAUCUAAAAAAAUAUGGCCUGUUUAAGUACUUCCGGUCGCCAAGGACUGUUCGUGGCAGUCGGUUCGCGUCGUUAUCACAAUCAACGUUUUCUAUGUCAACUUAUGUUGCAACGACAAGAGAACAAUCAUCGAAAAAAUUUAGGUGGAUCUAUGGCAGAUACUAAAUGCUCCACUGCUACUUCAAGGUUGUUGAGCUGCACCACUUCCGCUUCCCUGUCUAAUGCAUCGUUACAUUUUCAACAGCCUAAACGUUAUUUUCAUGGAUUUAAUAAAAAUACUACAACUACUACGACAACAGCAACAAGUGUUUUCAAUUUAAUGCAUAACUCUCCUACAGCCACCACAAAUUCUAAAACGAAAUGCUCAAAUCUGAAAACAAACUGCCGUCAUUACAGUUCGGUUCAUACACAACAGCCAGCUGGUCCUGUACGUGAGAUCCAAAUAGAUCCCUAUAUAAUAUUGGAUGAUGAACUUAAAUAUUUUUAUGAUGAUGUUAGAGAUUUACUUGCACAAGGUACAAGUCAAGCUGAACUUGAUAAAAUCGCCACAUACUACUUCGAUGGCCAGGGUAAGGCCUUAAGGCCCAUGGUCACUAUGCUCAUGUCCAAAGCUAUUAAUUAUCACUUAAAUAAAGAAUCAAGACAAUUGCUGCAUAAACAACGACAAAUCGCUUUGUUUUCUGAAAUGGUGCAUUCGGCCAGUUUGGUACAUGAUGAUGUUAUUGAUCAGUCUGAUUUUCGUCGUGGCAAACCAAGUGUGAAUGUAUUAUGGAAUCAUAAAAAGGUUACAAUGGCUGGUGAUUAUAUUUAUCGGUGGCUUCCAUAAUGAUUGCCCGUCUGAAAAGUGACGAUGUAACAAUCGUUUUAAGUCAA